CCCGUUCGUCCUGUUUUCACAGAGCCACGGACCUCACGGCAGAGUGUCAUUGAAGCCACUAACAACAUUUUCUGACUUUUGAAUCAGUCUGAAGUGUUCUAAGUUUUCUUCCAAGGGAAUUGCUCCCAGACUUUGAUUGCCACGGUGUCCAGAUUUGUUCGACAUAAGACAUUCAGGGACGAGAUGAGGAUACUAUUCAUCAGCUUUGCCAUCUUCUGUCUGUGGCUUCUACCAAUGGUGCAGGAGGAGGAUGCUGGGAAGACCUUGGACUAUCUGAACCUCGAUCCAAAUGUUGACAACACCUCACAGCCCCUUACCUACGAAAUAGGAAGGAGGGGGAAAGAAGGAAACCUUGGAGCUGCAAUGAAAGUCAAACACCUUUCCAAAGAUGUAUCCACCAAGCCUAAGGCCUCCAGCUAUAGCUCUGUGGGCCCAUAUGGCUGGUCACAGAACCUCUCCCUCCCCUUGGAUCAGUCACAGUUUCGCUCCAAAUCCAAGCCCCCCAUAAAAACACCUAUCAAGGUCAAGAAGACCUUUGGGUGGGGCAACUUCUACCUCAACAUCAAAACCAUCAAGUUCAGCCUGCUGGUGACAGGUAAGAUAGUGGACCACAUCAACGGCACCUUCAGUGUGUACUUCCGCCACAACUCGUCCCGUCUGGGGAAUAUCUCAGUGAGCAUCGUUCCUCCCUCCAAAGCCGUGGAAUGGGAGGAUGUGGGACGCCCGAAACUCCACUUCCAGAGUCAGCCGCAGUCCACCCCCAAUGAGCACCGGCAGGAGAUGAAGGCCCUAAACUGCGUGGUGGAGUACCAAAGGACCAACAGAGCCAAGAAAACAAAGCCAUGCCUCUACGAUCCCUCCCAGACCUGCUACUCAGAACACACCCAGUCUCACGCCGCUUGGAUCUGUGCCAAGCCCUUCAAGGUCAUCUGUGUAUUCAUCUUUUUUCUCAGCGCCGACUACAAACUGGCACAGAAGGUCUGUCCAGACUACAACUUCCAGGCUGAUCUCCAGCACUUUGGAAGACGAGGAUAGUGGAUGAACUAGGCGGGUUAUUAAAGCAUGUUUUCCUUCAUCUCCUAUAUCAUUGAAGAAAGGGGUUUGUUUUGAACAGGUCAUGAUGAACCUCUUGGGUGGCCCAACACAGACAUUCAGAUGGAGAGAUGCAGAGAUUUGCUUGGUAGAAUGGAAGUCGUCAGUACCGGGAUAAUAUUUUGAUAAUACACCACUGAAGGGUAGAAGAAUUACAGAAUAUCGAGUAGUGGUUGUUAUAGUAGUGGUAGUGGUUGUUAUAUUUGGGGUCAAAUAUUGAAUUGGUUGGAGUGAUGCUCCAUGUGCAUGGCAAAGCAGCUGGUAUUAGCACAACAAUAAUUCCUAUUUUUUUUACUACUGUAAUUAUGUUUGUGUAAGUUGUCUGCUUUUUUGUCACAUAUUGCCCAUCUG